AGAGUUCAGUCAGUCAGUGAUCUUUAGCCGUGGACGCAACAACGCGUACUGGGCCUAACGGAAGUCAGUCGUCAGUCACUCAGCUCAGUUCGUCGUCAAUCAGCCAGCCACAUCUGCCCGCCUUCAACCAUCCAACAACCCACACACACAUCACAAAAAUGUCCAAAACGAACGGUGCAAAAUCCGUGGUCACAGAAUUCCAAUUCUAUGCACCCAAAGAGAAGCAGUCAUUCGGGCAAUUUUUCUACAACAGCAAUGAUGGCACCUAUAUGGGCCGCACACCUAAAAGUUGGGGUCAACUUUUGACAUUUUAUGCAAUUUUCUACAUUGUGUUAGCUGGUCUAUUCGCAAUUUGUAUGCGUACUCUACUCGGCACACUGGACGAUAGGGAGCCCAAAUGGCAAUUGGAAAGAUCUUUAAUUGGCACAAAUCCUGGCAUGGGUUUUCGUCCCCUCAGCGAUGAUACUGCUCGUGGUUCUCUCAUUCAAUUCGAUAUAACCAAAAACGAAGAGAAACAAUAUUGGAUUAAUCUUAUGGAUGAAUUCAUGAAAGAUUACAAAGAUACAGUGCCCAGCAAUAAAACCACCUGCUCCUUCUCUGAGCGCAAGGACGUGUGCAGCGUUAACAUUGAACAAUUGGGCAACUGCUCACCCAGUCAUUCGUAUGGCUAUAACAAUUCAAAACCCUGUGUGUUCCUAAAACUAAACAAAAUCUACAAUUGGUUGCCCGAAUACUAUGAUAAUCCCGCAGAAUUGCCAGAAGAUAUGCCACAACAGUUGAAAGAACAUAUUGCCAAAGUACCUGCGAAUGAGCGUCAACAAGUCUGGGUAACCUGUGAUGGUCUCAACGCCCUGGAUAAGGAAAAAUUCGGUUCAGUUCAAUACUAUCCUUCCCAAGGUUUCCCUUCCUACUACUAUCCCUUCACAAAUCAAGAGGGCUAUUUGAGUCCUUUGAUUGCAGUGCAAUUUGAAAAAUUGCCCCUCGACCAGAUGAUUGCCAUUGAAUGCCGUGCCUGGGCUAAAAAUAUUGAAUACGUUGGCAGCGCCCGCGAUCGUCAAGGCUCUGUGACCUUCCAACUCUAUCUUGAUACCAAAGCAUAAAUGCGCAGCAAAAAGCUAGCAGCGGAAAACGCAAUUCAAAAAGAAAAAAAACUCAGCAAGACCAACAUCAACCACAGAGAAAUAAAUACCACUAACACCUCUUAGUUCUGACACUUUAAAUCUGUAGCCUGAAAGAAAAAUCAAAGCAAGACCAGAAAAAAACAGAAAAUAACAGAAACUUGACAGUUUCACAGCUCUUCUACCCCCUGCCGGCUUCAUCAUCAACAAUAACCACAAGAACAUCAACAUUCAACAUUUUCCCUUGAUUGAACCGUGUCGGUUCCGGUAGUUAUACAUCCUAGUACAUAGAUCUAUACAUUGUAUACUCUGCUUAUAUGUUAACACCACCACCACCAUAAUGUCUAUGUGUUAUGGAAAAAUAACGUUAAUAGUUAUAAACAAAAGAGAAAAAAAAAACUAUAUAAGAAUGUUAACAACCGCCUCUAGGAUUUUUACCCACAAUGUGAAAGCAUCAAAUGAAACGAAACUAA